AUACAAAUCUAUAUAAAAAAACUUACAAUUUUGUCUAACUACACUUCUCAAACAGAACAUAAGACGGAGAAGGCCACACAAGAAAAAACAGAGUGAUCUAAAAAAAAUACCUCGGAAUAUAAGGUAAAAAUGGAGGCGAAGGAAGGUCCAAUGCGAUCUUUCAUGGGGGAAUUCGUCCGCUCAUGUCAUCGUCAGCCGCAUCGAUCGCCGAAGGGUCGUUGCCAGACAAAAUCUGCAACAAAAAAUAAUUCAUUCCGAGGACAAAACCCUAAUCCUAUUCGCGCACAAGUUCAAAUCCUACAUCGUAAAGAUCGCAGAGAACCAGAAACAUAGGGCGGCAAAACGAACCCUUAUGCGCAAUCCACCUGUUUAAUAACCGAUCUCAACUUCUGGAAAAAAUUGCUCCAAGUUGCAGUGCCAAAGCGCCCUCAAUUAGCUCCUCCAGCAACCCGAGUUCGAAUCCAUGGGCCUCCUCUGCACGCAGAAGACUCCAGCUUCGCCCCGGGGAAAAGAGGGCAAAAAGGGGGCAGUAGACUGGGUAUACGUCUCGUUCUGCGCGAAAAUGUCAGAAUCAGGGUUAUAUAACCCCGGGAUGUCAACCUGGAUCGAAGCAUACAACACAGCGGAAAGAACCUGGCAGCGCGUGGUGGAAAUUCCAGGCCUGGAAGAAGAUCAGAUCCUCAAGGGUUUCGGCAUGGUGUCCAUCGGCAAAGCUCUGUUCGUCGCCGGCGGUCGCGUCUGCCGGAAAAAUCUUUGCGAUACCAUGCCGUCUCCUCCGUCGGAAAUCGACAUCCGAGUCAGCAACGAGCUUUACAAGCUGGACUGCGUGACGAACACGUGGACCCGUUGCGCGGACCUCAAUACUGCCAGGGUGGACUUCGCCUGCAGCGUCUACGACGGGAAAAUCUACGUGGCGGGUGGCCGGAGCCAGACGACCUGCGCCAAGGGGGUUUCCAGCGCUGAGGUGUACGAUCCUGAGCUCGACACGUGGACUCUUCUGCCGAGCAUGAGCACGGGAAGGUACAAAUCCGUUGGAGUGACCUGGGAGGGGAAGAUUUAUAUAGUCGGAGGGUUUGCCGGGCCGGAAGAUUCAGAGCAAAUGAUUUUGCCCUAUACCAAUUAUCGGAGCUCUGUUGAGGUUUUCGAUCCGGCGGAAGGGCGGUGGAGCUUGAUCCCUGGCAUGUGGCAGCUGGAUGUUCCGCCGAAUCAAAUUGUGACUGUAAAUGAACGGCUUUACAGUUCCGGCGACUGCCUUACCAUGUGGAAAGGGCAUAUUGAGGCUUAUGACAGCAAGCUCAAUAUGUGGAAGAUUGUGGAGGGAUCUCACCUGAGGACUAUGCAGAACCCUGCAGUUCUUGGAAAUUUAAGUCCAGAUAAUGGCAGGGGUGAGCAGCUUUAUGUGACAAUGGCGGCCGUGGGGAGCAGGCUCUUCUUUCUGGGAGGGCAUCGCCUUCCUGACGACUAUACCCGCUGUAAGUCCACCAUUUAUGUGUUUGACACGUCUCCUUAUGCGGAGGAAGAUCAGCUGUGGGAGAAUUUUGAGCCUGUGGAGGAGAAUCUCUGUAAGGAGAUCUGCAGCCACUGCUGUGUUGUGAGGAUGUGAGGCCAGAAUGAAUCAUGGCAGAUGCUCAAAUAACUGGUGUUAUUGACUGUGUGUGUGCACUCCCAAGCAUUCUAGAAUGAGUGAUGGCAGAUGCUCAAAAAACUGGUGUUCUCGACUGUGUCUGUGCACUCCCUAGCAUUCUAGAAUGAAUCAUGGCAGAUGCUCAAAUAACUGGUGUUCUUGACUGUGUCUGUGCACUCCCAAGCAUUCUAGAAUGAAUCCUGGUUAUUUGAGCCCCUCUUCAGGAUUACAGCCCUCUUCGUAUGUCCAUAAUGUUUACCUAGUAUAGACAAAUAAAAAGCACCUUACUUUUGGUGUUAGUGUAAUUAAUAAAUCUGAGAUUGAGUAGAGUUGAUACUAAUAAAUGUAAAUGAGAGGGUUACGAGGAGUUUAGUUUGGUUUGACAAUUCAAUGUAAUCUCAUAUAUAUAGAGAGUUUGAUAAUUGUGAUUUGAAUUUAGUAUUGAA